ACAGAAACAACAGAAUCCACGUCUCCAAUCUUCACUUACAAUCAUUUCAUAUCUGUUAGAGUAGCUCAGAUUCUUUGCUCUGUGAAUUCGAGCGUUUCUGUUUCCCUUCAUCUGUCAGCACAAAGCAUAAACAGAGAGAGAGACAAGACAAACUAAAAUAUGUAGAACAAAGAACACUUGUGCGUUUUUGGAACAUAGGCAAAGACACAUGGCUGGAAUGCUUCCGGGAGUUGAAUGUGCUCGAAGGAGACGGUUCCAUAUGAGUGGAGGGUACUUGGAUUCACAAUCCAUGGUUACCCAUAAUUCAACAAGACACUCUUCUUUCUGUUUGUAUGCAAGUAACCAUGAAUCUCGUCUUUCCUCAUCCUCUUCAUUGCAAAGAAACAUGUUAUACCAAGCAAACCCAGAUGAGAAUAUGGUAGGAGCAGCCAGAGAAGCCAGACAGAGAUUGGAUGACAAGUUCAGAGGACAAAGGAAAUCAGAAAACAAAAGGCAAAACAGCAUAAAGUGUGUGGAGGGCAGAAAACCAAGGUUAGUUGAAUUGCUUACGGAGGUAUAUGAGUCAAAGAAAAGUGGUUCAAGUUGGUUCAGUUGGACCAAAUUGAGCUGGAAGGCCUCAGAACAAGAGGAUUGUGCGGUGUGCUUGGAAUCAUUCAGGGUUGGAGAGACACUAUUGCAUCUCCCUUGUGCCCAUAGGUUCCAUUCCAGAUGCUUGAAACCAUGGUUAGAAAAUAAUUCUCAUUGUCCAUGCUGCAGAACCGCCAUUCAUUCCCCUUAGAUUUUACUCUUUUUUUUUUUUAGUACAUAUUAGAUUUUACUUUUCAUUAUGUGUAGUUGUAGACUUGGUUGGAUUAAGUUAAGAAUUUUGACCGUGACUUAUUUUGUGAGAACAUAAGUUUGAAAUCAACUUGGAUCUUGCACAUUUGAAGGUCAUUCACUAAUUAUUAUUUUGCCAUGCUUGGAUCAAGUUAUACAU